AUCCACCUCUCAGCCCGACACUCCCUGAGUGUGAUGCACUCUACCAAAAAAAAACCCUGGAUGGGGUAGGGAAUAAUUUAACAUUUUAACAUUAACAAGACCAGUGACUUUCUUGAGAGCAGUGAGGCUGUGAAGUGUGCAUGUGAAGAAAUGGCAUUCCUGUCAUUAACCUACGUGGUACUGUGCCUUUCUAUCCAGACUGGCAUGGGAAAAAUUGAAUUGGUGGACUAUACUCCUAUAUUAACACCUUACGGCCUUUCUGGGAAAUUGACCACAAACACAGCCACACUGACACAACCAAGCUGUUACUUUGACAACGUAACCAGUUUGCUCUGCAAUUCUGUUCAGUGUGAAAUAUGGUUGGUGUCGGCAAUAAAUGAAGGAAUAACCAAUUUCGAUGCCGACAAGACAAAUCCAGACAUUGUCAGCCUGUCUCCAUAUCCAACAGCCUUCUCUUCCAAAAACUAUUUCCUCACCUUGGUUGGUGUUAAGAUGGACUUUCCCUGCCCCCCCACCUCUGCAACAGGCUACUUUAGAGUUGGAGCUGAGGGUAGCUGCUCCACCACCAACUGCAAUGGAGAGUUACCUGUUGGUUCAACUGCCAGAUUCAAGUAUCUCCUUAUCAAUCCAUCAAAUGGGACUGUUCUGGCAGAGACUCAGUGGUCUGACGACAUCCCUCUGUACUAUAUGAAAGACCCAAGCACUAUAAAUGACAGCCUUGUAGGAAGGUGGGCAUCCAUGAUAGUCAUAAUUUCAAUCCUGUGUGUGGCUGUGGCCUUGCUGCUGCUACUACUUCUAGCUAUGCUCAUUUACGCCUGUUGCUGUCGGCAAGAGAAGCAGACAAUCCAAAAUUCUGACUCCCUGAGCAUCCGCAAAUAUGACACUCACCACUUUAGGGACCAGGUCAAUCCAGCCUAUCAGGGCGAGAUGGAGGGAUUCUCUCGUCUCAAGGCUGAGACUCCCACCAGUAGCCAGAACCCAGUAAACCUCACUAAGCUCAAAAGUGGCUCUGACAAUGAUCUACCAAAAGCUAAACCUGCCACAGAAUUAUAGUGAUAUAGUGAUGGUCAUGUUGGGACUGUUUCUAAUGUAAGGUUGUGUCAUUGAAUGCAUUGGAGACAGUUUUGGUCAAUGUUUAUGGAAUAUAUACAGUACAAAUGUUUCUUAUGAAUAAAGGCGUAGGAUUCACUUCAACCAUUGGGGGGUGAGGUGGGGUGGGUGGGGGCACUAUACGCUACAAUUGGCAGGCAUGCCAUUAUUGGGCAGGGGGGAGAGUGUAGGUCAAUUAAAGGUAAUCUCAACAAUUGGGGGGAGGGGUGUCUCCCUGUCUCCCCCUGAGUCUGCAACUACAUAGGGAUACUAAUAAUACUCAUUUAUACUAUACGUUUGUGUAUUUCUUUGCAUAUGUCAUCAUAGCCUUACUAAAUGUUCAUGGAAGGUACUGAUGUAGGGCCAGUAAAAAUAUGUUGCUUUUCCAGGAAUGCACUAAAAAUAUACUUGCAACUAUCAGCUAUGACCAGCCCUGGCUACAAACCUGGGCUGCGUUUCCCGAAAACGUUGUAAGCCUAAGUUGAUCGUAGAAUCCAUCGUACAACGAAUCUUAGUUUUACGGGCUGUUCCCAAAGACAUUGUACUUAAAGUGUUUCUUGAAAAUUCGUAGCUCUUGAAAGCGCAUAGAUUAGCCUACUCCUUACGAGCAUGUUUGGGAAACGCAUGUUAGAAAUAUCAAUGGUUUCGUUUUUUGCUCGAUCGUUGCUACGAUCCAUCGUUAUCGGGAAACGCACCCCUGAUAGGUAGGGGGAGACUGGGUAUUUGCUUUGGCACCUGUUCACUGAAUUAUUGACCUAAAGUUCUCAAACUUUAAUACAAAGUACCCACAUUUGUUUACUUCAAAUGGAACCAAUCUGCAACAAUAUGACCCCUUGAGUUGAUAUCAAAUACAUGAUGUUCCUUUGAUACAACCUACUCCACUAUCAGGUUGGCACUACACAUGCUGGGGUAUGUUGUAACAAUUAGAGGAGUUACAAAAAACAAAAACAGAGGACACACCUCCGUUAUGCUUCAAGAGGUUUCUUGAAAUAAACUUGAGGCCAGUAUUAGGCUGGUUGGCUCUGGACUCUUCACUGACAGGCUGAAGACAGGCAGAUUUUAUAAAGAAGGUAAACCAGUCAUCUUCUUCUCAUCCCAUGUUUGUGGGUAUAUUAUGUCAUAUAUUCCUGCUAGUUGACAUGCAAACUUUCUGACUUAAAACAAAGUGAGUACAUACUGUAGACACAAACUUAUGCUAGUUGACAAUUUUACUCUGGUCUCCAGUGGCUAACCUGUAAUAGGCUUACCUCACGUGGAGUCAGUCUGCAACACAGGUCUGCUGUCUGAGUCAAAUUGUCAGCCAACACUUCCUCCUGCAUCUCAGAGAAAACGUUGUCGCUCACCCUACGCUGGGAAGAUUACUGGAACCCUGGUCUCUCAGUUUCUGCAGUUAUUUACAGUAUCAGAUCCCAUGUGCCUUCACAACAGAUCUGACUGACUACGGGUUUUUUAAGCAUUGGCAGGCACAUCUCUGUCAGUCUUUCUUUUCCACUGCCUAAUAAACUUCAAAACUUAAUUUCUGUAAAAUUAGUCAAAAAUUAAAAGUGUCAAUUGGGAUAUUCGUAAAACCUUUUAAAGAUGUGGGACAACCACCCAAAACCAUGUCAGCCAUUGUUCAGAUAGUAGUUUGGUUUGAAAUUAUCAGGGGAAAAUGCAUCACAUAUUGUCUGAGAAAAUAAAAUGUAAUCUCAUAAAA